GUGGACACCGAGUGUAAGGGCAGGCGGAACAGAGUCCAUUUGUCAGGGUGAUGUUUCUAGAUUGGCCAUAAUAGGAGGUUCCUGUGAAACCGAGUAAGAAAUCGAGAGAACGCUUCUGGUAAGGUCAAAUGGAAGUUGAAUGCCACUCUGUGAAUAACGAUGGCAGUGGUGAAUUCUCUGUGUUCCCAGCAGUGAGGUCAACGUCACCUGUAGAAGGCUGAUGUAUAAUUAAGCAACGCCUGUCAAAGUUAGAGAGUUAGGUUUUUUUUAAGGUUAGAAAGCCUUGGUGUGGAGCCCACUGGGGGGGAUGAUCUGGAGGCAGUGGGUUGGAACAGAAUGGAGUGGGAUGGAAUGGAUGGGAUGAGAUGGGACGAAAUGAAACAGAACAGAACUGAGUGGGAUGGGAUAGGAUGAGACAAGAUGAGACAAGCUGCAUGUGUGAGAAGUCUGCCUCUAAACUAUGAAAUUGUGAGUGAAGUGCUCAAGUUCAUCUGUGAGCAGGAUGUGCAUUCUGAGAUGGGCACGAUGGAGUGUGAGGUGUUGUCCCUGAUUUGCCUGUAGGUAAAUGCUCAGCUCCUGGCUGGUGCUGCACUGUAGUUUUUUAAAAGCAGUGCACACUGAGUAUCCUAAUGUUAGAUCAUUGAUGUGACUUUGGAGCUGUACUGUUAAGAAUUUGAUAGAAGCUUUUAAAAAUGAUUUGAAGAAUCUUACACUUCUAUUGAUAAUUUAAUCUUUUUCCAAAUUUCUCCUCUUUCCAAGUACAUUGUGGAGAAAAGAUAGUGGGGCUACUUCUGCUUCAGACAGUUCUUCAGGUUUUUUUUUGGAAAUUAGCUUUCAUACUUCCAGGGUUAAAACGGGAUAUUGCAAAGGCCAUUUAAUUCAUCAAGCUUUCUAUGGCUAAAGUUAGGCCUCUUAUCCUUGAACUUUUGCAGUUGCAUGUUCAUUUUCAGUGUUAUACAAGGAAACACGGUGCGUGACUGACUUCCUUAUAAAUUAGUUUCAUUCAUCUAAGUUCCUGGGCAUUCUUCAAAGCAGGAAUGAACUGGCAGAGAAAGGAUCAGUAAAAGGGUUGAAGGUGAAUUCUAUUCUGUCACCUGGGUGAAUAAUACAGGAUUGUUUUGCUUCUAUCACAGUAACAGGCCUGUACAUCUGCAAAGUCUUGCUCUGUCCCCUAGUCUUGGAUUUUACAAAAUGCUUAUAUAACCCUUAUUUCAGUUUCUGUCUGAUCAUGUCAAAAAAGAAAUCUUCACCAGCUUACAUCAGAUCCAGUUUAAUGUUGUUGUUUACUCUAAAGCUUCAGUAAUCAGUGUUUAUUUUGGCCUAAGUUAAAAUUGACCCCAGUGAAUUCAAGACAAACUGAAAAGUAAACACUAUGGGAGAGAAUGACUGCUAAGUAUCUGUAAUGCAUUUUGAAUUUAGCGAUUAUUUAAUUUGGGGCACUCUUUCCACUAGGCAAAUACAGAUACAGCUACCAGAGAAAUCAGAGAAGCAAACAGUGCCAUUCCAUUAGUGAGAACUGUUGUUUUUUUGUCUCCAUUCCUUUUAUUUUUUAAUCUGUUAAAUUAAUGUAUUUUGAAUGAUCUGUACUUCUCCAAUUGUUCUGAGCAGGAUGAGGAAGAGACUCCUGUAAUUCCAGGAGCUGUUUUUAGCAAGGGUAUUGAAAUAAGCUUGUGAGUGGUUUCCUUUACUACUUCAUAGGUUGCCACCCUUCCUCUUGGAAAUUGAAAAUGUAACUUUUCUUUACCUUGUUAAAUAAUACUUACAGUGCACUGGUAUCCUACAGUUUGAUGCAGUAAUUAAAAUAUAGUAUCGCUGGCUUGAAGGAAAAGAGGGUUUAAACUACUUCAUGUGCAUGCGUAACUGUGCGUAUACAUAUACGAUAUGUACAUUAACAUGUCCAUAUUUGUAUACCUCUGGCAGUAGUAGUAAGAAGCUUUGGGAAAUAGGUUUGAAAAGGAUUGGCAUAAAUACUUUGAUGGAGUUGCUGCUAAUAUAAAAGAGAUUUCAUUUUACACGUGGUAAUGGCUUGGACUAGUUACACAGUGUUACAUCUCUGUAGAAUAAGAGAGAUUCCUGUGAAAAUGGACUCCACCGAAGGACACUGGUUUAUCUACCACUCCUGGAUUGUAUGUCUGGCCCCACUUAUUAGCAUGUCGUGAAUUUCUCUUCAUUAAUAUGUAUGUAUUCAUAGAGGAGUUAAAGGCUCUUUAAAUUAGAGCAUAAAAGAGCUGGAUUGAAUACUAAUUUUCAGUAUAAAUAUCCAUUAAAAUUAUUGUAAGCUCUCUGUCAUAAUAUGGCUAUUUCAGAUAAUCUACUGGAGCACCUUGGUUGGAGUUGUUUUGUGAUUUGCUAUAAAAGAUGAACAAAACAACUCCAACCAAGAUGCUCCAGCAGUAAUGCUAAUCACCUUUGCAGCAAAGUCAUUGGCUGUUGGUACUACAAAUAAAUAACAUAAAAUACUUUCUAACUAAAUAAAAAGAGAAAAGGAGAGAAGAAAGACACAGCAGAAGUUGCAAAAGACACAACUUGGAUCUCUAAAACAGUAUCAUGCAUUUGAGGUAGAAGUUUGAGAAGGGAGACAGUUAAAAAACAUGACAUUAGUAAACCUCACAGCUUUUGCACUGAUCUAUCUAAGGCAAACAAAAUUCCCGGAUUCAGGGAUAUUUGCAGUAGCCUUUGUCAUCUUGUGUCUAACAAACAUUUUAUAAACAUUUUGAAGCCAGAUCCCUUUCUGGUGUAGGCAAACAUAGAAAUAUCCUUUCCUACUGCCUAGAAUUUUGGGCAAUAGUUUAAUAGAGAGGAAGUUUUCGUAAUUGAUUUUUGUUGUUGUUGGGGCAGCUGGUAUACCACUGUAAUAAGAAAUACCAUCCAAGACAUUCAAUAGUAUUUUAUCAUUGUUGCACCUGAUUGGAGUAGGUAAUGCAGCUAUGAGCUUCUGACAAUUUAAAUCAUAUCUUAAUAAGCAUCUUAUGACUGAGCAAACGUCUAUGAUUUACAUAGGUUGUGCCAUGACCGUUCAGGAAAUGUAGCUUUCUUUAAAUCAUUUGAGGUCCUGUUAGCAUAAAAAUGUGUGAUUAAAUCUUUACCCCUGCCCCACAGGCACACUGAUGAACAUGGCAGCUCCCAGCUAGGUGUCGUCGUGCUCUGAAAGCUGUUCUUUCAACUUGCCUUGUUCUAGACUUAUUUUCUUUUUCUUAUUAAGCAUCAAAGGGAACAGGGAAGCCUACGCCAAGUUUGAUGGAUGAGUGCUGGUGGAUUGCUGCAAGGAGACUUCUCAGAUUCUUGGUGUGCUACUUAAAAUUAUUUUCUGUCCUACAGGCAGGCUUGUGCAUCUAGUCAACAACUGUUGUAUCAUCAACCUUCUUUAAGAGCAGAUGUCCCAGGUCACUAGCCCUGAUAGCACCACCAGAGGUGUGUGUUCCCUCAGGUGUGUUUCAGUGAUUAGUUUUUAGCUUGUCGUUAAAAAGUAGAGCCUUGGUUUGUCUGUAGCAGUAAGUCAUGCUUAAUGAUUUUAAGUAUUUCCUGAAAUGCUAUUUUAUCUGCAAUCUUGUAGCCUUCAAAAUAUGCCAAGUUAAUUUGAGACACGGAAAACUAGUAUGGGUGUCAUGCUCCACUGUUUGAGAAUGGAGGUGCUCCUCAGGCAGAUUUGGGAUUGUCACAAGCAUUGCAGUUAGAAAUGUGCAGUGGGAUAAGCAGAGGGAUGUGUGUCGUAAUUGCAUUUUCAAAGACAGAAGUGGAAAUUAGGAACGCCUCCUUUAUUCAGGGGGGAAGCCCUUUCCCAGGGGAAGCUGAUAAAAUUCUGUUGAUCACCUCAUCCAAAGAGAAAUGUGGAACAUUUUAUUUCAGCUUAGCUUUGUCCCAGCCACAAGGAAAAUGAUAAAUGGAAAGUAGAUGGAACAAGAGUGUGCUGAAUAAAAAUGUUUCCCUUGAUACUGGAGCAAUGUGGUAAGCAGAUUCUGUGUAAGCUUCUUGUGGUUGAGAUGACAGUCCAAAUCUUUAGUUGAUGAUUCAGAAUUAAGGACUAGCAGUCCUUCAGUGAGGUCAACUGUUUGGAUCUGUGAGGAUACCCCUGGCUUAUUAGGUACUCAGCUGAUAUGGUGAUGAGCAUAGUUUAAGUGCCAGGACAUACCUAAAAUGGCGUAAGUUGUGAGUCUCUGGUGGGUUCCAAUCAUUUGCAUUUACUGUUUGGCAUGUACAGAGCCAUUCUUUUAAUAGCUCCAGAGAAUUAUUUUUCCUCUUUCAGUGAUGCAAGAUAAAGAAAAGGUGAAGGCAGCAAUGAAGUUAAAAGCAGUUCCUAGAAUGGAAUAUUUUCCAUUUUAUCUGAAGGAUUCAUUCAUGAUGUGGGCCACAAUGUCUGAACGUGGCCCACUGGUGCUCUGGGAAAUCCUAGAAUAGUGCAGAAAAUGCUUGUUGCCACUCAUUAUCCUAGCUGUUAAAAAAGCACCAUGAAUGUCUGGAAGCUCUGCUAAUUGAAAUCUCUUGAAGAAGGAUGUCUGCCAGCCUGGACAAACCAGCCCAGUCAUUGCUUCAUACCACAUUGCUCAAAACAGCUGAUAUCUCCAACAGUACCCAAAUUUCCGACUGUGCUUCUACCUAGGAACAGCAUUAAAUGCUGAGCCCUGUCAUGGGGAACAGCGUGUGGGUGGCAAAGAUGGGUAAAAUCCACGGGCACGUGCCUUUCACAUUGGAUCCCAUCAUAUAAUUUCAUGAUGUCCUAAUGACUUGCAGUGAAAAAGUGGCCCGGGAUGGCCACAGUGAGAUAAAUUGCUUUUUCAUGCAGGGAUAUAAUCCAGAACCAAAUAUGAAUAAUAGCAGUCCCUAAGAAUAUAAUUUGUGGUCAGUGUGGCUGAGUCUGAACUUAGUAAAGUUGUUGGGAGGUGGAAAAGAGAGUUUUUUUAUAUCUAGUUUUUCCCCAUAAUGAUACCAUGUGUAGACAAAAUGUCCUACUGACUAAAAGAGAGGGAAAGAAAAUGAGUUUUGUGCAUUCUCAUUAACAGCUAUGUAAGUCGCAGGGAUGGCGCCUGUUUGGAAUGACUAGCUCUAUGGAUCAAAGUUCUGAUAUUUUAAGUAUUAGCCCCAAAUCUUUUUGUGUUUCCUAACCCAUUCUGUUUCUACUAUGAACUGUUCUGUUUCUAAAAGUUAAGAGAUUCAGAGGAGCCUGAUGUGUGGAGAGACAUUGGGGGAAUGCUGUCAGUAAUAAGGAGGAAGCCUUAUUUUCUGCCCCGAUAUAAAUCGUAUUUUUUAUGUGUCUCCUUGGAUAGUAUCCAUUGGUUAUAUUUUUGUGUUCAGGGUAUAUAUGUCCAUGAAUACCAUGGGACCAAAAGUGUGAAUGUGUUUUCUAGAUCCCCAGGAGAGUAGUUUACAGUUUUUGCAAAAAGGUCAUGGUAAAAAGAACAGAAUUUCUUGUUCAAGAAGGACGCGGAGCCCAACAUGGCUUAAACCCUCUUGUGUAGAGUAUCAAGGGUGAGAAAUGCUCAUUUGAUAGCAUAUUGCUUUGCCCAUUUUGGUGUGGUUGAAUGGAGGAUGCAGCAGAUGCCAUCAGUGAGACAGAGGAAUAAAUAAAUACAGUUUGAAUGUGGUCAAAGGAAAGAAGUUGAGAAAUUCCCUGGAACCAAACAUAAACACUUAAAUUAUUGCUUGAUCUUGGGGAGCUUUGCAAAUGUAUUCCUUUCCUGCUUUUGCUGGAGAACAGGUUUUGGCAUUAUAUUUGCAAUUCUUGGAGUCCAGGGUGAGAGGAAAUUUUGGGACGCUCCCAUUUUCAGCCCUAUGUGGGUGAAAACUCAACAACAGGGUUGUUGAGGGCAUGGCUGGGAGUGAGUAGGGACUACCAAAGCUCCCAGGUGUAUGCAGGAGGGAUUUGUGUGUAUGUCCCUUUGGCUGGGGAGGAGAAUGCCAGGAAGGAGGAGGGUCAGCUGGGAUUGCGUGGGUCCCUCCCCAGCCAGAGCUGCUCUUUCGGCAUCUUGUUCCUCAGGAAAGGUUAAGCUGGGCUCAGCUCCCACGUCCUGGACUGGACCUUUUGUUUUCUUUGCAGGGUGAUGAUAUGUGCCACGGUGACAAAAGCCGCCUUCUGUUCCGCUUAGGCAGAGGGACAGCACAUGCCUCUGCUCAGCCCUGCACUCCCUGGAGGACAUGUAGGUUUUUAAGUUCUAGAUAAUCGACAAGGAGAUUAACCCCUUUGUGGACAAAUGGGAAGAAGAAGGACAGUUCCCAGCACAUAAAGUGUUUAAAACCCUGGGACAAGCUGGAUUCCUUGGUGUGGAUAAGCCGACAGAUUGCUUGGUUCUUGCCUGUGGUGUUAGUCUGAAGCCUUCUUCUUUACUGAGAGAACAGAGGUCAUUUGUUGGUGUAGAGACUGCAGGCAUGGGAGGCGUUACUGCUGCAUGCUCUAAGGAAUAUGGCGGAAUGGGCUUGGACUUCUCCUAUAGCAUGGCAGUGGCAGAGGAGCUGGGAAGUAUCCGGUGUGGAGGUAUCCCUAUGGCUAUUGGGGUGCAGGCUGGCAUGGCCACUCCCGCGCUAACAAGAUUUGGUUCUGAUGAGUUGAAAAAACAGUUCCUCACACCAACUAUAUCUGGAGAUCUUGUCGCUUGUCUGGGAAUCAGUGAAGCUGGAGCUGGAUCAGAUGUUGCAAGUAUCAAGACAACAGCCAUGAGAAAAGGUGAUGAAUAUGUCAUAAAUGGUGGUAAGAUGUGGACAACAUCUGGGUGCCAAGCGGACUGGAUGUGCCUGCUGGCAAAUACAAGUGAAGGACAUCCCCAUCGAAAUAAAUCUCUGAUAUGUCUGCCAAUGAAUCUACCUGGAAUUCACGUUACUAAGAAGAUAGACAAACUGGGCAUGAGGUCAUCAGACACAGCUCAGAUCUUUUUUGAAGACGUAAGAGUCCCCAGCAAAAACCUAAUUGGUGAGGAAGGAAUGGGUUUUACGUAUCAGAUGUUGCAAUUCCAAGAAGAGCGGCUGUGGGGAGUAGCCACUGUCUUGACACCACUGGAAACUAUAAUACAAGAAACCAUUGAUUACACUCGCCAGCGGAAAGUGUUUGACCAGUCCGUGCUGCAGAACCAGGUUGUGCACUUUCGCCUGGCAGAGCUGGCAACUGAAGUGGAGCUGCUUCGCUCGCUGCUGUACCGCACCAUUGCUCUCUACGUGGAAGGCAACGAUGUGACCAAAUUUGCUUCCAUGGCUAAGCUAAAGGCAGGUCGCUUGGCCCGUGAAGUGACUGAUAGCUGUCUCCAGUUUUGGGGAGGAAUGGGAUUCACCAGUGAGGUUCUGGUGAGCAGAUUUUACAGGGACUUGAGACUGAUGUCAAUAGGUGGUGGUACAGAUGAAACCAUGCUUUCUAUUAUAUGCAAAUACAUGGAAACACUUCCACGGAAAUAACACAUCCCCAGUCUUCCUCAGAAGCUUAAGAAAGGAAGAGCAUGGUUAUUACUACAUCCUGAAGGUAACAGGCAACGUGAUUCAAGGGUAGAAUAAAUAGAAACAGUAUUUGUAAUAUAACAAUUUUUCCAGCAAAAUACUUGUCGGAGUCUUUGACCAAUAUCAUGACACAUGUUCUCCAAUAGCAAAUUAAUGUUAAUGCCUGCAAGAGGGCAUCUUGUCUUUAAUCAAGGUACGGCUGCAUCUUAGAGCAUCUACGCAACCAUUUAAGAAACAUAACUUCCACAUGGGUACAGUAUAAUUUCAAUAGUAGCGUAAUCUAAUUUCACUUAACUUUGCUUUCAAGUUCAACAGUUAAGUCACAAAUUAUUUAUUCAGUGUAAUAUUCGAGUACAGGAACAGUGGUUUUGUUCUCAGUUACCAUUAUCUUCCAUAUCUCUGUUUUAGCAAGUAAACAUCCAGAUGAGUUCCUUCAGCAAAACCAAGUCAAAAAUCACAAGCCCCCCAGUCCAGUCACCAUCAUUACAUUCUCACUCUCGUACUCCACUCUGACAUAGAUGUUUAGUGGUAGGACUAGAAGCAGAUUUUUAUUUUUAGAAUUCUGCAAACAGUAGCUCAGUUGUAUUGGAAACUUUUGGAUGCCUGAAUUUCAGCAGUAAGGUAUCAUGUUUUAUGUGCAAUUAUGAAUGAAAAAUAUUGAACAUAGAAGUGUCAACAUGAAAAUUGUAAUCAGUUAAAUGGGACUGUAAAGUUUUCGUGCCACAACCAAGUUGAAGCAGAAGCGUAAUAAAUACUACACUAUUAAAAUAAAUAAAACUAAAUAUUUUCAAUA